AAAAGGGCCGGACGGGAGUGGGAAACGAGAAGGAGCCGGGAAGCCGCGCGGGAGGGCGCGCGCGCGCCCCUUUUUCAGCAGUGUGGCGGGGUCGCACGCACGCCCGCCUCGGCGGCUGGGCGCGGUUUGCGACAGUGGGGGGAGCGGCGGCGGUGGCGGCGGCGGGGGCAGCUUUGCGGCAGGCUCCGGCCGGGCUUGCUUGACGGCGGUGUGGCGGAGGCCCCGCCCUCGGCGGCAGGAACCUGGAGGGAGGCGGAGGAAUAUGUCCGAGAGGGAAGUGUCGACAGCCCCGGCGGGAACAGACAUGCCUGCGGCCAAGAAGCAGAAGCUGAGCAGCGACGAGAACAGCAACCCGGACCUCUCCGGAGACGAGAAUGAUGAUGCUGUCAGUAUAGAAAGUGGAACAAACACUGAACGCCCUGAUACACCUACAAAUACACCAAAUGCACCUGGAAGGAAAAGCUGGGGGAAGGGGAAAUGGAAGUCCAAGAAGUGCAAAUAUUCUUUCAAAUGUGUAAAUAGUCUCAAGGAAGAUCAUAAUCAGCCAUUGUUUGGAGUUCAGUUUAACUGGCACAGUAAAGAAGGAGAUCCACUAGUGUUUGCAACUGUAGGAAGCAACAGAGUUACUUUAUAUGAAUGUCACUCACAGGGAGAAAUCCGGCUAUUGCAAUCCUAUGUGGAUGCUGAUGCUGAUGAAAACUUUUACACUUGUGCAUGGACAUAUGAUAGCAAUACAAGCCAUCCUCUGCUGGCUGUGGCUGGAUCUAGAGGCAUAAUCAGGAUAAUUAAUCCCAUAACAAUGCAGUGCAUUAAGCACUAUGUUGGGCAUGGAAAUGCUAUCAAUGAGCUGAAAUUCCACCCAAGAGACCCAAAUCUUCUCCUGUCAGUCAGUAAAGAUCAUGCUUUACGAUUAUGGAAUAUCCAAACGGACACUCUGGUGGCAAUAUUUGGAGGUGUUGAAGGGCACAGAGAUGAAGUUCUAAGUGCUGAUUAUGAUCUUUUGGGUGAAAAAAUAAUGUCCUGUGGUAUGGAUCACUCUCUUAAACUUUGGAGGAUUAAUUCAAAGAGAAUGAUUAAUGCAAUUAAGGACUCCUAUGAUUAUAACCCAAAUAAAACUAACAGGCCAUUUAUUUCUCAGAAAAUUCACUUUCCUGACUUUUCUACCAGAGACAUACAUAGGAAUUAUGUUGAUUGUGUGCGAUGGUUAGGUGAUUUGAUACUUUCCAAGAGUGGCCGUGCCAUUUUACAUUCCCACCAGAAAUGUAUGAAAGAUCGAGUGUCUCGGAAGCUUCGCCGGCAUUUGUCUUGUGAAAAUGCCAUUGUGUGCUGGAAACCUGGCAAAAUGGAAGAUGAUAUAGACAAAAUUAAGCCCAGUGAGUCUAAUGUGACUAUUCUUGGGCGAUUUGAUUACAGCCAGUGUGACAUUUGGUACAUGAGAUUUUCUAUGGAUUUCUGGCAAAAGAUGCUUGCAUUGGGCAAUCAGGUUGGCAAACUUUAUGUUUGGGAUUUAGAAGUAGAAGAUCCUCAUAAAGCCAAAUGUACAACACUGACUCAUCAAAAAUGUGCUACUGCUAUUCGACAAACCAGUUUUAGCAGGGAUAGCAGCAUUCUCAUAGCUGUUUGUGAUGAUGCCAGUAUUUGGCGAUGGGACCGACUUCGAUGAAAUAUUGUUCCUAAUCAAAUUAGAGUGUGUUUUCUGUGUAUAGUAGAAUUAAUGUAUCUUGCUAGUAAGGGCACAUAGAGCAUUUAGAGUUGUCUUUCAGCAUUCAAUCAGGCUGAGCUGAAUGUAGUGAUGUUUACAUUGUUUACACUCUUUGUACUGUCUCCUGCUCAGACUCUACUGCUUUUAAUAAAAAUUUAUUUUUAUAAAGCCA